CUUGCUGGCGUCGAGAGAAAGCCGGAGCUGUUUCUCUGCUUUCGCCUUUUUGUUCUUCUUCCCCGCGCGGUCGCCCACAGUCUUCCGCGCAAGGCUCGCUCUUUUGCGAUCACGUCGAGUUGUUGCUAUGGCUAUGACCAUCUUUCCAGCAACAAGCGGCGCCACGUGACGUGCCCGGCGAUGGCUGCUUGGCGGGGAGGGAUGAGGUGAGCAUCGCAGCCCAGUAGCAGCAGCGGCAGCAGCCCCAGCACGCUUUCCUGCGCCGCCACCUCGGGCGCGCCAAAGGCCGCCUCAUCAGCACCGUCCCCAGUCUGGCUUUCCUCAUUGUUCCGCUCGGCUCCUGCCGCUGCUGCCAUCACCAUCACCAAGCCCCCCUCCCCGCGCUUUCUCUUGCAACGUCGUCUUUGCACGCAGCAGCUUCUGCUUGGAUGGAUGGAGCGUUCCUACGAGCCUCGGGUGUUCCGCUAUGUUUCUGAUUCGCAGCUCAGCUGAACUCUCACGUCCGGCCGGUCCUCGCGCUCAGCCUCUUCCAUGGGCUCACCAGUGUCCUUUGUUUUAUCCAGGAUGGCUGCUUGUGGAGGCACCACCAAAAAUAGGCUCACGGUAAAUAAGCACGUCUGGGACUUUCUGACCAAAGAAAGCCCUGCCAAACUGGUUAAGCUGAAGGAGGAGAAUAAGGUGAGCAUCUUGAUCGAUGGCGAGACCUCUGAGAUCUACGUGCUGCAGAUCACCAUGCCUGCCCACGGGCCUAGCAACGGCCUCUACCUGGCUCGCAAAGCCCUCAAGUCCUUGCUCAAGGAGACUGAAAAGGAGCUGAAGAAGGCCCAACGCCAGAGUGAGCUGAUGGGUUGCAUGGCCUUAAUGGAGAAGAACAGGGAGCACGGAGCAGUGGAGCUACACCGCCGAGGGACAGCCUUGAUAUCUCGAGGGCAGCAGACCUCCGGGCCCAGAGUGGUCAGUGGCGGAGGAGGGGUGGCUAGCUGCUCACGGGGAGGGGAGGAGGAACAGGACAGCCAGUGCCCCAUCUGUUUGGGGGAGAUCCAGAACAUUAAGACUCUGGAGAAAUGCAAGCACUCCUUCUGUGAGGACUGCAUCACUCGGGCCUUGCAAGUCAAGAAAGCCUGCCCUAUGUGUGGGCGCUUCUAUGGGCAGCUGGUGGGCAACCAACCUGAAAACGGGCGCAUGCUGGUCUCCAAGGACUCGAGUCUCCUGCUUCCGGGUUAUGAAAAAUAUGGUACCAUCAUCAUCCAGUACGUCUUCCCACCUGGCAUACAAGGGGUGGAACAUCCCAAUCCUGGCGUCCGCUACCCUGGCACCACCCGUGUGGCCUACCUGCCUGACUGCCCCGAAGGCAACAAGGUGCUGGCGCUGUUCCGCAAGGCCUUUGACCAACGCCUCACCUUCACCAUCGGCACCUCCAUGACCACAGGACGAGCCAACGUCAUCACCUGGAAUGACAUCCACCACAAAACCAACUGCACUGGUGGCCCACAACUGUUUGGCUACCCUGAUCCUACAUACCUUGCUCGGGUGCAAGAGGAACUACGGGCCAAGGGCAUCACCAAUGACUGAUCUUGUUCCCUGCUGCCACGUGCCCAGAAAUGGCACGUUCUUUCUUUCGGGUCCAGUAAUGCUGGAGGAAGCUAUCUUGCAACAUGAUCUUCAGCCAGGUGCAGAGCCUGAGCAUUCUGGCUGAGAAGACUUUUCAAAUGGAACUGCUUGCUUGACGAGGGGAAUAGAGGCAGGUGGAAGGCUUCCGUGUGUGUGUGUGUGCAUGUGUGCGUGUGUGUGUGUGUGUGUGUGUGUGUGUGUACAUGCAUACACGUGUUUUGAGUGAGGAAGUUUGAGCCAAUCUACAUGAUAUGCAGAAUGUGGUGGAAGAAUUCUGGACUGUACUACUAUAGACUGUUUGCUGAGGGGUGGGAGAGGCGAUCUUUGGGGAUGCUACUUAAAUUGAAAACAACACAAUUUCCCUGCUUGUAUUAAGCUAGCACAUGAGGGAGAGUUUAGCUAUGUUACGUAUGUCUCUCAUAUGUGCUAGUUUAUGGCACAUGUGGACCAAGUGAGGAUGCAUUUAAAAGUAGUGGUUCUCUUAUAUUUAGCACAGAGAGAGCAGCUAUCCCUCCUUGACUCCAGCACCGUGUUUUUCCAGUGGUUGUUGCUGGUGUCUACUUUGUUUCUUUUCAGACUGUGAGCCUUUUUGGGACAGGGAACCAUCGUUUCUUUUUCUAUGUAAACUCCUUUUUGUUGAAAAGCCGUGUAUACAUAUUCCCAAGAAUAAAAAUAACACCUCGCGUACAGUCUGAAGUAGUACAGUCUAGAACUCAUUUAGAAUGAUUAAGGCCUACGUUGUGAUAAGCAAUAAAGGAGUAAUUCAGUGAACAGGGCUAAACGAGAGAUGAGAGCAACCCAGAUCUAAGCAGCCACGUCACAGUUCUACCCCUUUCGCAUAUAAAGCGGGGCGGGGGUCUGUUUUUUGUACAUCAAAAGGGAUGUGUGGGUAAGUGAACCAAUUCCCCCCGCCCUGCCUCACCUUCCUGCAUUCUUUCUUUAGAGAUCUCCCGCCCCGGAACAGGGUUAGUUCUGGUAUUGGAGCCGGGCUAGGAGUCCCCCUUUUGAUGUUAAAAACAUAUCCCAUGAAUGCCCCACCUUAUAUCUGAAUAGUGCAGACAUGUGAAUAGCACACGUGUGUUCUGUCUGGUUUGGCUCUUUGGGGGACUAGGAGUAGGUGAGAUGAAACUGCCUGCUUCUUGCAUCUGGAAACUCCGUCAGUGUAGCAUGAGGAAGUCAAGCACACAGCAUCCCUACAGGCUAACUGAACCCAGUGGUCCAAUACUUCUCUUCACUCGACUCCCUCCUUUGCAGAAUUCUACAGAUGUUGAGAAAUGGAGCCUUAGAAACCAAGCAGAAUUUUCAGCAAUUAUACUUGCAGAAUUUACUUAGUGGCCCACUAGUUUAUUCUGGGUGCAGAAGCUGAGGUUUCUUGGGGUACAAAAUGUUCAUCAUUUGGAUGCAGAGUGCCUGCGUCCAAGUGCAAUUGUCGAGGGUGAAUGGGAGACUGAAAAUGGGUUCAUUGCAUGGAUUUGUGUGGGGAAGCCGUGAGUGUGUAUGGAAGAGACAAAGAAGCGUAUCAUUGUUCUCGGAGCCUUGAAGCCAGCCUCUUAUCUUGGUCUCUGCUAUUCUUUUUUGUUUUUAACCCCGCUCCCCAUUCUGUUUACUGGAGCAGCCCAGCCAUUUGAUCCCCCCACCCUGUUUAUCUCCAGGAUCAGCAUCAAGGCCAAGUGGGUGGAACUUUCCAGAAACAUGUUAUCUUUCGCGUCUGCUAGGAAGACAGUGGCUUGUCUGCUCUGGUCUCGGGCAGCAUACGCAACUGCCAUCUCUGAGGAGGGUGGCAAUCCCCGCCCCAUGGACCAUGCCUUGUGUACAUACCUUCUGUGCUGGCAUCUCGACUGUCGUGUAGUUAUUCCAACCUAGUCCCAUUUGGGACAAUUCUUUGUCAUUUGGAACUGAGUCAGACCUGCCUGAACUCCCUGGCUGGUCUGUAUUCUCCUGACUCUGGCACCUGCCUGUCGUUGAGUGUUUGGGGGAGGGAGGGAGGGAGGGUGUCUCUUUGGCUAACUGUAAGUGCAUUGCCUCUGGCAGAGACACAUUCUACUGUUCAGUCUGUCUCAUCCUGGUGAGAGCUCCCCUCGGAUGCAGUUUGGGCAACGGGGCUUUCUUUGCUGUUUUAAAAAGAGUAACUGAAAAUAAUGACGUUUGUUUUCCUGAUUCUAAGUAUGUGUGGCAAGUGUGUUUGUGUAGUGGCGGUGUGGGUGUUUUUUCUUUCUUUCUUUCUUUCUUUCUUUAGUUAGCUGGGCAUAUGUGGGGGAGUGUGUCAGUAGUGGGUGUUGUAACAGAUUUUCUUAGGAAGCGGCUUUAUAAAGAAUCAGACUCUUGA